AUUUAAUUGAUUAAGUGUCCACCGAAUCAAGUACGGCACAAUUGUUGAUUUUCAACAAAUUUCGUAAACAAGCGACUUUCCAGCUAACCAGCACCUUAAAGCAGACAUACAAGAUCAUACAACACCAAUAAUGCAUCAAAUGUCUUAAUUGACUGGCAAGCAUGUAAGGAAGCAGACCUAAUAUCAACAUUGAGGAAGGCUUUAAACAUUACCUUGUUUAUUACCAAGAUGACGAGCCCUGCAGAAACGCAGUUGUCUCCGGCUGGCAGUCACAUGUCAGUGUCUGAUGCCAGUCCGGCCAGCCAUUACACGACAUUCAGUUUAAGUCCCGGUGAUUUGAAUCAUCACUCAAUAAAGCCGAAGAUGUCGCCAAUAGGUAGUGAAAGUGGUGACCAAUUGUAUGAAAUGACGGACGAUGCAGGUAUGAGUCCUCCAAUUGUGAGGGGCCCAGAGGAUGAAGCAAUUAUUGAUAAUAUGGUUUAUCAGGUUUGUGUGAUAUGUGGAGACCGUGGCUCCGGCUACCACUACUCUGUCCUGAGCUGUGAGGGCUGUAAGGGUUUCUUCAAGAGGAGCGUACAGAAGAACCUGCAGUACACGUGUAAGGGGAAUGGGACAUGUGUGGUGAACAAGGCCACAAGAAACAACUGUCAGUUCUGCAGAUUUCAUAAGUGCAUGCAGCUUGGAAUGCAGAGAGAAGCUGUGCGUGAGGAUCGCUCUCCAGGCGGAAAACAGAGAGUGAAGCGUAUGAAGGUAGAGGGAGAGGGGGAAGCAACACAGAACGUAUCAACCCCCAGCAAGAGCCUGGAGCCUGAACAUGCUGAGAUAAUCAACAUCAUCAUAUCCUCUAACCCAGACAAGAUACCCACCAGAGAUGAGUCAAACAAGGGGAAGGAGAUCUCUGUUCAGGAGUUGAUGGAGUAUGGUUACAUGGAGCUCAAGUACAUCAUAGAGUGGGCCAAGAAAGUGCCAGAUUUCCGCCUUUUUGGUAUGGACGACCAGAUGGCCCUCCUCAAAUCUGCGUUCAUGGAGCUCAGCGUGUUUAGAAUGUCGUACAGAUCACUCCCAUACGUAGACUCCCUGUUUUUUGCUGAGGGUGUUAUCCUCCACCGUUCGCUGUGCGAGACAAUGGGCUGGGGUCAGGAGUUGGUUCAGGCAACACUGGAAUUCUCAUGCAGGCUUCGACAGCUGAACUGUGAUAAGGUGGAGUUUGCCAUGAUGAGCGCCAUCGUCCUCACCUAUCCUGAUGCCAUUGGCCUAGUGGAUAAAAUGAAGGUGACAAAGAUACAGACAAAAUUCCUGGACGUUCUCCGCCGGUACGUCACUGUCCAGUACCCAACUGACAGGGGCCGGUUUGGAAAGCUCCUGCUGCGGCUCCCGACACUGCGAACGCUGAGCGCCAAGGCUGCUGAACGCUUUCUAUCGCUUACCCUGGAUGGGGUGCUGCCCAUUAAUGAACUUGUGCAGGAAAUGAUGUGCUAAACUGGCUAGGUUUUAUCUAAAGGAAGGGUGUUAUACCCUGCCUUUUUUGUGUGCAUCUUUCUGCCCUAAUUUUGGAAACCAGCAUGUGUUCCUUUCUGCCUUCAUAGAAAUGAAUGUUCAAGAUAAUGAAAUAGUUCUUUUGUUUAAAAUGAAGUAAAUAAUAUUAUUAUAAAUACUUACACACUUAACAUAUUUUGCAAUUUGCAUAAGGUUCAAGUUCUUUACAGCCCGAUAUAUAUUAAACCCUUUUUAUACUGUCCCUCUUCUGCAGCAUCCUAUCCUUUUUAAAACCUGGAUGAAACCCUAUGUUUAGGUAGCUACAAGAUAUGAUCAUAUUCCUUGGAAGAUACUGAUGACGAUGUGCUUAAUUCUGUAGCUUACAAUUGUAUUCAUCAUGUUUUUAGAACGUGUUAAUUUAGGAAGGCUAUAACAAUGAAAAAAGAUAUACCGAUAUCAUCUUAACAUGUGUGAAUUGAAGUACUGAUAACAGUGAAACUUAUGUUUCAAACAUUUGUGAAAUAGAAGAAGUCUUCUUAACUGUGUGUGCAUUACAACUAUGUUGUUAAUGAUAAAUCAUGUGGUUAUUAUAUGACUAUUUCAUCUUUAUUGUGUUGCUUGUAAUAUCUUAUAGUUUAUCUCGUUGUUAUAAGUGACCAUCUUAUCAUGUGUUUUGAAUGGUUAGAAUUCUUAUUUUGUUUCUGCUUAGUGAUCAUUAUGUUUGAAACAUUGGGAGUGACCCUUAAAACAUUGGGAAUGUCUAGGGUCACAUCAUAGAAGUCAACCUCGUCAUUGAUGUAAAUUUAACUCUGUUUUAUGUUAAACAUAAUUCAAAAACUGGCUGAUAUUUUUGCAUGUUAAUAAAGACAAUAAAAUGCCAACAGGGACAAUACAAUAUGGCAUGCCAUCAGAGGCAAUACAAUAUGGCAUGCCACCAGUGACAAUACAAUAUGGCAUGCCAACAGGGACAAUACAAUAUGGCAUGCCACCAGUGAAAAAACAAUAUGGCAUGCCAACAGAGACAAUACAAUAUGGCAUGCCAACAGAGACAAUACAAUAUGGCAUGCCAACAGAGACAAUACAAUAUGGCAUGCCAACAGGGACAAUACAAUAUGGCAUGCCAACAGGGACAAUACAAUAUGGCAUGCCAACAGAGACAAUACAAUAUGGUAUGCUAUCAGAAACAAUGAACUAUGACAUGCCGACAUGGACAAAACAAUAUGUCAUGCUUUCAGAAACAAUACAAUAUGGCAUGCAAUCAGAAACAAUACAUUAUAGCAUACUAAUGUGGACAAUACAAUAUGGCAUGCUAUCAGAAACAAUACAUUAUGGCAUGCCAACAGGGACAAUACAAUAUGGCAUGCCAACAGGGACAAUACAAUAUGACAUGCCAACGGACAAUACGUGUAUGUUAAGGCAGUGCUUUUACUUGAGUGCCCUUAUUGUGUCACCUGAAGCAUGGGGUAUACCUACCGUAAUGGCUUUUUACGCCCUUUGGAUAGAAAUGUGUUCCCAUCAAUAACUUAUGAAGGAAUUGUUGCAGAGUCUUAAGCUUUGUUUUAUUUAUUGAUUAUGAUCAGUAGAUUGCCCCUAUUCAUUUCAACUUUUUAAGGUUAAGAGGUCAAAGGUCAAGGUGGUAAAUUAAGACUGACAACCAUUGGCAUUCAGUACCAUUCAAAUUGUAGGCAAUGCUUUGUCUAGGAUGGAUGAAUAGCAUUUUCUUAAAACAACCUAAAUAUUACAUGAGAAAAAAAAUAUAUAUUAUAAUUAUAUUAUUGUUUUUUUUUUUAAUUCAAAUAAGCUUUCGGUGAUUUUUCAUAAAGUAUUGAAUUAUUUGCUUAUAUAACAAUGCUGUUUGUAGUUUAUUGAUUAUAUUUACUUUAUCAU